AUGGACCUCCGGCGGCUGGGGAAGGUGCAGCGCCUGCUGCUGUGCGAUCAGCCCGGGCGGCACUUCCCAGCCAUCAGGGAGACGCUCAAGAGGAAGAUUGCUGACGUGUACCAAGACAUGGAUGUGACUCUGGAGACCUACCCUCCAGACGAUGUACAGGAGGACGACGCAGCAUACCUGACAGCCAUGGCACGCAUGCAGCCGGGAGACAUGGUCACCAUCUUCACUCCAGACAACACACACCACCCCAUCGCCCUUGCCGCCAUUCAACAUGGGCUGCAUGUGCUUGUAGCGAAGCCAGCAGUGAAGACCCUCCAACACCACCACCACCUCGUGCAAGCAGCAGAAGAAAAGGGUGUGCUGGUGGCAGUUGAGUUUCACAAGCGGUUUGACCCCAUCUACACAGACGCGCGCGACCGCAUCAGGGGUCUGGGUCCUUUUGCCUUCUUCACCAGCACCAUGACUCAGCCAAAGAAGCAGCUGCACACGUUUGCAGGCUGGGCUGGCAGGAGUUCAGACAUCUCCUUCUACCUCAACUCGCACCACAUAGAUUUCCACGCGUGGGCAGUGCAGGGGCAGUCGCGGCCAGUGGUGGUGGUGGCGAGUGCAGCGAGGGGGAAGGCCAGCCAAGUGCUGCACGAGGCACGGGGAGGCGCAGCUGCUGGGGCGGUGGAGGUGGAGGAUGCAAUCACCCUCAUGGCCAUGCGGUGGAAGGCGAGGGAGCAAGGGGAGGUGCAGCUGGGGUGGGUGGAUGUGGAGGAUGCAAUCACCUCAUGGCGAGGGAGCAAGGGGAGGUGCAGCUGGGGUGGGUGGAUGUGGAGGAUGCAAUCACCUCAUGGCGAGGGAGCAAGGGGAGGUGCAGCUGGGGUGGGUGGAUGUGGAGGAUGCAAUCACCUCAUGGUGAGCCGCUGGGUCCUAACCCCUUUCCUCCAUGCCUUUCUUUCCUAUCGCGUCUGUGAGGCCAUGCGGUGGAAGGCGAGGGAGCAAGGGGAGGUGCAGCUGGGGUGGGUGGAUGUGGAGGAUGCAAUCACCUCAUGGUGA